AUGUUGACCAUUCAGCAAGCAGAAGAAAAAAUCGCUUUCUUGAGUGCUAAAGCUGCCCAGAUGGAGGUCCACUGUCGUCAGGUUGAACAAGCGGCAACGAAGCUGGACCCCCUGAAAAAGUACAUUGAAGCCGUGUCAGAGCUCUCGCGAGAGACAGUUGAAGUCUCAGCAGAGAGCUUGAUGAGAAGAAUGGUAACGCUUCAGAGUACCAACGACGAGCUGAAGAGACAGCUGAGCGACGCAGUCGAUCGGCUAGAGCAGGGACGCCUCGAGUGCAAGGCCCGCCAGCGUCUCCACCAAUCACACUUCGCGCCGAAGGGAUACAUUAAGGAGGAUCCGAGCCCAAUCUCCUCUAGCCCGAAGGACACCGCGUUGUCCCACGCUCGGUUCCUUGAUAUUCAGCAAGCGACAGAGUACUUAAAACAAAUAGGAGAGUUGGCGCAUAAAUACAAAGCUAUAAUCAAAGAGGCGGAAGCCGAACGAGACAAGAUCAAAAGACGAGGUCAGCGGCCGGAACUGCCAUUCCAAGACCAGUAUCUGCCCUGUGGAGGGAAUAGAGGGCCAGUUGAGACGAGCAAAAGACCGACUCUGGGGGCUACAUCCCGAUCCGCAUCUGCGGCCCCUGGCGGCGGUCCCGGCUGUGCCAUGAGUAAAGUGGGUCGGCUGGAAAGUGUAGCUGCAGACAGCGGCAGGAGCAGUCCUCGAGCUCCGUUGUUCGUGCGUCGGUCGGUACCUGUUGAGGUCGAAGUCCCGUUAGAGGCUGCAGAAGAGGACGUGGUCGAGCUUGUCGUUAUCAAGACGAAUGGUGGAAACCAUCGGUCGCCUUCACAAGCCAGCAGCAACUCGACGCUCAGCGCUGCAGUGUACCACCCGUCUGCCAGUGGAAGGCAGCACAACCAGGGGGUUCAGUUCGGUUAUUCCUCGCGGCAACAACGAACUCUGCACACUCCAGCGGGAUCCAACAAGACAGCAAAGCUUUUUCACAGUCCAGUGAGCGACAAAACAGGACUAGCGUCUGAGGCGGAUAGUGUGUCAAGGCACGCAACCGUGGUUGCUUCUCGCAAGCUCUUUCCAGCGUCUUGUUCGACGAAGAACUGCAACAUAAAACGUAGCACGAGCGCCGAUGAGACGUCUCCGGGUAGGUCUUUGUCUUCCCGGUGGGCAACGACACGAACGAAGGCCGCCCUCCAACAGCAGAAGAAACGAAACAGCACGGUGUCGCUACCUAAAAUCGUCGCUCUUGAUUCUUCUGCAGUGGGCAGACGAAGAAGGCAAUCUAGUGCAAGCGAAGCCGACAGGCCAUCGCUUCUGGAGCCACCAAAAUUGGGGUGUCUAGAAGUUGACCCCGAGAGCCCCAAAGCGCCAAAUGCAGAAGAAGGGGGUGUGACGCUUUCGCAACGAGUCAGGUUCUCCUGCGAUAUCCUCCCCAGAAACUGGUCCUUCGCGCCUCCAAGCAGUUCGGAGUCAAGCAGAGGACAACCGCAUUUUAGAGCUUUUGGCUUCUCGAAAAAGCUUGCUCAGAGCAGUUGUGCAGCACUACCACCAAUCGUUCAAAGAUUCGUCGCCCACACCGAUUCCAUAUCAGUAGCACGGAGUUGUAGCAGAAAGACUCUGGGAAAGAGCAUGAGCAAGAGUUGCACAGAACUGAGAAAUAUCCAGGGUUUUCGAGCAACUGAGGCGGGAGGUCUCAUUCAGACAGCAGUGUAA